UCAUUUCUUGUUUGAUUCCUCAUCAUCUACCUAAAACUUUCUCUACUGUUACCCUUUCUCCUCUAAAUCAUAUCAGUCAAGAUUGAAAAUUUUGUUUCUUUGAAGUUCCAGCAAUGGUUCUUGGCCUAAGAACUAAGACCAGAAAAAGCAGCUUACAUCAGCUUGUUUACACUGUAAAUGUAAAGGAGAUUAAUCCUUGGUCACCACUGCGAUCAGCUCAAUCUGUUUUGCUUCAAUGGGAAAAUGGUGAUCAGAGCUCUGGGGUCUUAACUUCUGCCAUUGAUAAUGGUAAGAUCGAGUUCAAUGAAUCUUUCGAACUUCGAUUAACUUUAGAAGCAUCCCGUAAGAGUACGAAUCGUGAGAGUUUCAUUAAGAACUGUUUAGAGUUUCACUUGUAUGAACCUAAGAAAGAUAAGGCUUCUAAAGGUCAACUUUUGGGAUCUGCAAUUGUAAACCUUGCUGAUUAUGGUAUUAUCAAGGAAACCACAUCCAUUAGCAUUCCUUUUACCUUGAAGAGGAGUUCUAGGAACAUAGAACAGCCGAUUCUUUAUCUUAACAUCCGGCAAUUCGAUAAAGAUAGCCCGAGUUCAUCAACUAAAGGCGGCAGCUUGUUGAAAGAAGUGUCACUAGACAAGGAUGGGAGUGAAUCUGUUUCUGAAUCCAUAAAUGAAGGAAAUGACAAGGAAACUGAGAUUGCUUAUUUUACGGAUGAAGAUGAUGAUGAUCUUUCCUCACGGUCAUCCCAGACUAUUUCUUCGUCUGUUUUUGAUCAUUCUAGAGAUUCACAUAUUCAACAUGAUGAGAAUGGAUCAGAAUCAACCACUGGUGGGAUUGAAAACCUUGGGGUCACUCUUCCCUCUGGUGGAACACACGCAAACUCAGGGAUAAGUCCAGCCGUUGAAGCAUUCAAACAUGUAAAUAGGAGGACUAAUAUCUCAUCUUUGAUAGACUUGCCCUCUGAUCCCAGGAAUCCUGUAACUAAUCCCAUGGCUAAAGUUGCAUCCUCGAAGACGAGUGUUACCAUUCCAGUAGAUACGAACUUAGACCAUGUAAAGGAUACAGAUUUGUCCUCCAACCCGGAGAAUCCUGUAACUUAUCCUUCUGAAGUUGCAUCUUCCGAGACGAGUGUUACCAUUUUAGUAGAUACGAACAUAGACCGUGUAAAAGAUAAAGAUUUUUCCUCCAACCCCAAAAAUCCUCUAACUUAUCCGGCUAAAGUUGCAUCUUCAGAGACAAGUGUUACUAUUACAGUUGAUACGAACUUAGACAAUGUAAAGGAAACAGAUCUGUCCUCCAACCCCAAGAAUCAUGUAACUUAUCCAGCUAAGGUUGCAUCUUCAGAGAUGAGUGUUGCCAUUCCAGUUGAUACAAACUUAGACCAUGUAAAAGAUAAAGAUUUGUCCUUGAACCCCGAUAAUUCAUUAACUUAUCCCAUGGCUGAAGUCGCAUCCUCAGAGGCGAGUGUUACCAUUCCAGUAGAUAUGAACUUAGACAAUGUAACCCCUACCAAAAGAGAGGGUGACAGAAAAGCAUGGAGGCAUGAUCAAAGCCAUGUAAACAGAUCUUUAAGUAGCAUUUCACAUGUUGGUCAUUGGAAGGGGAAUGAGGAGAAAACGCUGUGGGAAGAUGAGCUAGAUAGCCAGAUUUUGAAUGCUGAUGAAUAUUCUCUGCAAGACAGAUUAGGUUUUAUACCAACACAGGAUUCUACUGGAAAGAAAAUUACUUCGAGGAGUAAUACUUUUCCAUCCUUCUUGGAAACAACUGAAGUCAAAGGUGGUUUUGUUGCAAAUAAUAGACAAAAGCAUGUGGCACCUCCUCAGUUGCAUUUUGACAAAGCUAAGAGUAAUGGAGUGACAAAGAAAAUUCAGUUCGCAGAGAAGGCAAAAGAAAAUGGUAUUCCUGAGGAUAUUCCAAAUGACAACACAAGUUAUAUGCAUAGUGAAAGGGAAGAAACCACAAAUACUCAGUUCAUGGAGAAGGCAAAGGAACCUGACAUUCCUGAAAAGAUGCAUAACGGUUCUACUAAUGACACAAGUAACGAAAGUGAAGAAAAUGCAAAUAGCUUUUCCAUCGGCAAAGUUGAAUUGGAGUCCAAAAUUGAAAUGCUUGAAGAAGAAUUGAGAGAAGCUGCUGUUGUUGAGGCUAGUCUUUAUUCUGUAAUUGCAGAGCAUGGGGGUUCUACAAACAAGGUUCAUGCUCCAGCUAGACGACUUUCUAGAUUUUAUAUUCAUGCUUGCAGAACAGGUAACUCAGGUAAGAGGGCAAGUGCAGCAAGGGCUGCUGUUUCAGGAUUGGUUUUAGUCUCUAAAGCAUGCGGAAAUGAUGUUCCAAGGUUAACAUUCUGGUUUUCAAAUUCAAUUGUAUUGAGAGCAAUUGUUAGCCAUGCUAUUAGGGAAAUGGUGUUUGAGGACACCACUCAUCCACAAGAGGAAAGCGAUUCAACAAAAAGUUCUAAUGAUUGGGAGGACCCUCAAACAUUUUUACUUGCAUUGGAAAAGUUCGAAGCUUGGAUCUUCUCCAGAAUAAUCGAGUCUGUCUGGUGGCAGACUUUGACUCCACAUAUGCAGUCUGAUGCAGCAAAGAGCUCAAGCUCAAGGAAAACAUCAACCAGAAGAUACGGAUUAGGAGAUCAACAGCAGGGGAAUUUUUCGGUCGAGCUUUGGAAGAAGGCUUUUAAAGAUGCCUGUGAGAGGCUUUGUCCAAUUCGAGCAUGUGGACAUGAAUGUGGUUGUUUAUCCGUGUUAGCUAAAUUGGUCAUGGAGCAACUGGUGGGUAGAUUGGAUGUUGCAAUGUUCAACGCCAUUCUUCGUGAAUCAGCCGACGAAAUGCCAACAGAUCCUGUUUCCGAUCCGAUAUUUGAUUCGAAGGUUCUCCCUAUUCCUGCGGGCAAAUCAAGCUUCGGGGCCGGUGUACAACUAAAAAAUGCUAUUGGAAACUGGUCAAGAUGGCUAACUGAUCUAUUCGGUAUUGAUGAUAAUGACGUUCAUGAUGAUAGCAAUGAAGUUGGUAAUGACAAAAAUGCUGGGUAUGAGGCUUCCUUCAAGACCUUUUGUCUCCUUAAUGCAUUGAGUGAUCUCAUGAUGCUUCCACCCGAUACGCUUGCCGAUCCAUCCACACGGAAAGAGCUAUGCCCCAAGUUCGGUGCACCACUGAUCAUCAGGGUUCUUAACAAUUUUGUGCCAGAUGAGUUCAACCCGAACCCAAUUCCGGAGGCAGUUUUUGAAGCAUUAGAGGAGUAUAUUUCCGAGGCCGUGGAUGAGUCCAUCACAAACUUUCCAUGUAUGGCUAAUCCGACGGUCUACUCACCACCUUCGGCGGCUUCCCUAACAGGCAUUAUCGGAGAGAUAGGAAGUCAAGCCUUGCAAAGGAGUAGAUCAUCAGUGCUUAGAAAAUCAUACACCAGUGACGAUGAGCUUGAUGAGUUGGAUUCACCCAUCAGUUCGAUCAUUAUCGUGAACACCCGCGAUUCAACCACUUCAAAAGGAUCCAAUUGGAUGAGAACUGGAAAUGGAGGGCGGAAAGUUGUUCGAUAUCAGCUAAUCCGAGAGAUAUGGAAGGAUGGUGAAUGAUGUAUUUUUUAUGUUUGAACCCCUUGUUCUUCACUGAAGGUGGUUUUUGUGUAUGUAGGCUGUUGUAUUAAGUUGUUGGAGUUGAGCAGAUAAUGGUAUUUUGUUUUUCUUCA